UGCAUCAACACACCUGGCUCAUACAGGUGUGAAUGUGCCCCCGGAACCACUCUGACGGAUAAUGCUUGCAAGUACAUAGAUGAAUGUUCAGAUAAUGAAAUAUGCUCCGAGAACAUGAUAUGUGAGAACAAAGACGGUGGCUACAGUUGUCUCUGCAAGGAGGGUUAUAAGAAGGAUCGAGAAGGCUAUUGUUUAGAUGUUGACGAAUGUAGGACUAACCCGUGCACUAAGAAUGACACCACAUGCGAAAAUUUAGAAGGGACGUAUAUCUGCGUCUGUCCAGAC